CACACUGCACUUUCUCUUCCGCCGUUGGCGGCAUAACUCUUUUGUUUCGCGACCAUUUUCAAUUUCAAUUUUCCUUCCGUCCUUCCACCGUGCGUGCGGAUUUGCUCACCCUUUCAUAGGACUGACAAUUCUACUAAAGUCCCGAAGGCUGUCACAAAUUGAGAAAACAAGCUUUAAAUUCGUUGACGAAGAAAUUUGAACAAACAUGGACGACUGGGACUUUAGCGGUGACACUAACAACGGAAAUGACUCUUCCUUCGGAGGAGGAUAUGGCGGAGGCGGCAAAGGCCGAGGUUUCUCUCAAUACGAGGAAGAAGACGGCGAUUCCGGGUUCGGAGGAGGUGGCUUCCGCGGAGGACGCGGCGGUCGCGGUGGAGGCCGCGGUCGAGGAGGCGGCCGGGGAGGCCGAGGAGGUCGUGGUGGUUUUAAUGACGGGGGCGGAUACCGUAACCGCGAUGAUGAUGAUGAUAAUGACGGAGGCGAUUCCUAUAACCGAGAUCGCGAUGAUGGUGGCCGAGGCCGUGGAAGAGGCAGGGGCAGGGGCCGAGGUGGCUUCUCGAAUGGAGGAGGCUAUGGUGAUGAGUCAAAUGGUGAUGAUGGUGGCUUUGGUCACGAGGGCAAUGGCGAAGUGGACCCCAAUAAACCCGCUGCCCAAACUUACAUUCCGGAAGAGCGGACAGAGGAUGAUUUAUAUGAUAGUGGAAUCUCAAGUGGAAUAAACUUCAGCAAAUACGAAAACAUACCAGUUCAAGUCUCUGGAGAAAAUAAACCAAAACCAAUUCCCAGUUAUGAAGCUUCUGGGCUUAGACCUCUACUAUUGGACAACAUUAAGAAAAUGAAAUAUACUACACCGACCCCGAUCCAGAAAUAUUCAAUCCCUAUAGUAAUGGCAAAACGCGAUUUGAUGGCGUGCGCCCAAACAGGAUCAGGCAAAACGGCCGCCUUUCUUCUGCCAGUCAUCCAUGAUUUACUUGAGAACCCAGCGGAUUCAAGUGGCGGUGGUGGUUACGGUCAAGCCAUUGAGCCGUUAGCUGUUGUUAUGGCACCUACCAGAGAAUUGGCUAUUCAAAUUUAUGAAAACGCUAAGAUUUUUGUUCGUGGAUCUGCGGUACAAGCACAAGUAGCAUAUGGUGGUACGCAUGUGUCAACACAAAAAUCCCGGAUUGCGAGAGGUUGCCACAUAUUGGUCGCAACUGCAGGAAGAUUAAAUGACUUUCUAGAGCGGGGAUUCAUCACUUUUAAUUCUUGCCGCUUUUUCAUAUUGGAUGAGGCUGAUAGAAUGUUGGACAUGGGUUUCUUACCCAACAUAGAAAAAUGUCUUCAUCAUCCUUCGAUGGAGCCAUUAAAGGAAGAACGAACCAUAUUGAUGUUUUCUGCAACUUUCCCGCAAGAAAUACAGAAACUAGCUCAAAGGUUCUUGAGGAAUCAUCUCUUUUUAUCUGUUGGUAUUGUUGGUGGUGCUUGUGAGGAUGUCACACAAAGGUUCUUUGAAGUCUCAAAGUUUGAGAAAAAGGAUAAAUUAAAAGAAAUUCUUACAGAGGAAGGUGCUGAAAAAACUUUAGUCUUUGUAGAAACCAAGAGACUUGCCGACAUAAUUGCAGUAUUUCUCUCAGAGCACAACUUCCCAACCACAAGUAUUCAUGGAGAUCGACUUCAGAACGAGAGAGAGCAAGCGCUUUAUGAUUUCAAGUGUGGUCGCAUGAAAAUUUUGGUCGCCACUGCUGUAGCUGCUCGUGGUCUAGACAUCAAGGGUGUAGAGCAUGUGGUUAACUUUGAUCUGCCAAAAGAAUUGGAAGAGUAUAUUCAUCGCAUUGGGCGAACUGGAAGACUCGGAAAUAAAGGUCUAGCGACCAGCUUUUUCGACCCCUCUCACGAUAGUUCCUUAGCACCUAAUUUGGUGAAAAUGCUGGAAGAUUGUAAACAACCAGUGCCCGAUUUUCUGACUCAAGCUGCAGGCGGUGGAAGAGGAGCCUACGAGGCCGAUGAUUUUGGAGGAAGAGAUUUCCGAAGCAACGACAAUGGUCAUUCAAAUGCUGGAGUACAAGAAGAAGAAGAAGCGUGGUAAUUGUCCACCCUUUGUCUUUUUUCUUUUCUUUCAUUUUUAUUUCAUGUUCUCCUAUUAUUUUUUGGUUUAUAAGUUAAGUAUUAUUUAUGAUACCAUUUUCUCAUUAUUUUUUUUGUCUAUUCAUCUAAUUCUGAAAAAUUCAUGAUACUACGUUUCAAGCCUAAAGCUAUUUUUCUCAUUUCAAUUAUUUAGUUCUGAUAAAGUUACUCUCAUUUGAUAAUAUCAUUCAAAAGAAAUGGAUUGAACAUUAACUCACAUCAAGCCUAUUUCUUGUGUUUACUCAUCAUAAACUUAAAUAACUUAUUGGCACACCAAAUCAGUGGUAACACACCGAUUUACUGGCUCCAUCACUGGUUUUACAUAGCCGUUCGACAAUUGUAAUCUAAACAGACACAUGACUAUGUCUCAAUCAUGUGUUCCCUGCCAUCAAAAUUUCAUGUGUUCAUGGAGUCAUUAACCGAUUUAUGAUUUGUUUAUGACAACAUCGCACCGGCUCAACGCAUUUCACUCCACACAGAAUGGGCCAAUGACAUUCAUCGAUUCUAACUCACUUUCUGACAGAAUACACUGUCAUAAGAAUAUUAGAAUAGCUUUGCUACAAUCUUGCCACAAUUCCUUGCAACUGACUCAUUAGGAUUUGAUGUUAUGUUUCAUUGUUGUGGUUGGAACCAUUAGGAAUCGAUGUGUUGAAUAUCUCUAGAAUGACAUAGCUGGUAAAUCAGGACGUUUCAACUGCUUAGCUCUAUUUUCAGUGGCUUGCAUAAGUUAUCACACUAUACGAUCUUUGCCAGUUCUUUGUAAUCAGGAUAUGACUCCUUGAAAGUUAACUGAAAAAGGAUGAAAAUAAUCAUUCUAAUUUCAAUUAACAGUUUACAGUACACAAAUAAAAAUAAUGUAAGUAUAGAUUCAUUUAAUAGCAGGAAAUCAUUGUGAACGAUCGCAGACCACUCUUCGAGACUAACUUCAAGUAAUUAAACAAAAGUCUUCAAUUCAUUUUGUUUGAAUGAUUCUAUUAAACUCCUUUUUACCUUUUCUUGGAUUUAUAUCAUGUUUUAUUAUGUCUACAUUUUUCUAAUAAGCUGUACAUUCUUCUUCAAAUUCUGACUUGUUCGGUGACAAAAUUGUGACUAGUCAGGCAAAAUUUUGACAUAAUCUUUCACUGCAUAAAGGUUGUCAACAGUGUCGUCAAAUUCAGUGUCCAAAGUAAUUGGCAAGAACUUGCCAACUUUUUAUCUACGUUUUUAACUAACUCUCGGUGAUUGAAUUGCUGAUCCUCACCGGUUACUUUGCAUUGUAAAAUUGACAACUCAGCUAAAAACCGCGUUCUAAGUAUGUAAAUCUCAUUUAUACGAGUUAAAUAACAUUCGACAGGAGUGUUUCCUCAUUAGACUGUGAUAAGUAGUAUAGUUUAUCUUCUUCUUAUCAGUGAGGAGCCAUCUCAUCAUGGUGGAUAGAAGAAGGUUUGAGGCAUCUUUAUUCAUGUUAAAUGUUGCGUUCGUCUGUAUUGACCUCUCAAAUCUCCUUUGACUGAUAUUUUAAAUGUAACAUUAGAUUAUCCUGAGUCUGACAGGAAAAUAUUAGUUUAUAGCAUCAAUCUGUGAAUUGCUCUUGCGCCAAAAAGUUAGAAGACUGUGGCCUGAGCCAUAAUUUUAAUUCUGUAAACUCAGAAUUGAAGUAAUGAGGGAUUGCCUUGAUCUUCUUCGAUUCCUGCAGUGUCUAUUUGCAGACGAGAUAGAUAAAUCAACUAAAGUGAACUUACCCUUUUGAACGAAAUGCCAUAGCUUUAGGGGUGAGUGAAUUUUUGAAAAAAUUGUUUCCAGUCAUCGGUUAUCCAAUUAAAUGAUGUUAGACCUUAUUUCUUGACAAGUGAAUAAACAUAAUGAUGACAGGAUUUACCUUUUAUUAGUUGAACCUGAUUCAAAAUGGGCUCAUGUGCCUUCGAAUUCCCCGUUUUUUUCAUUAUAAUGUGUCGUUUAGUUAAGCUCUUAAAUUUUAAAAUGAAGCCCUCUGCUUUAUUUUGUUAACUAUACUUAGUCUCAUAAUUUUCUAUAUUUUUUACGUGAAAAUUUUUAUGUUAAUUGUAGAUCCUGUUCUAAAGUUAAUUUUUUGUUACCUGACAUAUUUUUUUACUGUUUGAGAGUAAGGUUACUUACUAUUAAAAUAUCUUUUGUUCAGUACA